GCCUGCUGGGUUUGGGACAAUCAUGAUGAGAGAGAUUCAUCACUUCUCAGAUGCCAGCAUGAGAGGAUAUGGCCAGUGCUCAUACCUUAGGCUCAAGAAUGAGCAAGGUAACAUCCAUUGUUCUUUGCUCAUGGCUAAAUCUAGAGUAGCCCUGCUUUAGGUCACCACAAUCCCUCGAUUAGAGUUGACUGCUGCGGUUGUGUCAGUUGCAGUGAAUGAUAUGUUGAAGGAAGAAAUGAACCUUGGAGAUGCAGAAGCAUAUUUCUGGACUGACUCUCAAGUAGUGUUAGGUUAUAUAAACAAUAAAGCUAGCCGCUUCCACACGUCUGUCGCGAAUCGAGUUCAGAGAAUUCAUCGCACCACAACUCCUCAGCAGUGGCGAUACAUUCCAUCGGAUGAAAAUCCAGCCGAUUAUGCAUCAGGAGGUCUGAGUGUUAAUGAUCUGGUCACUUCCAGCUGGUUCAGAGGACCGGACAUUUUGUGGGAACUGCAAAUACCUUCCCCUGUGGAUGUUAACCCACAACUUCCAAUCGGUGACCCAGAGGUCAAAAAGGCUCAAUCACUUAACACGCAAACAUUACAGUAUUCCUGCUUAUCCAAACGUUUCACAAAGAUUUCUUCAUGGUUCAAAGUCAUCCAAGCAGUUCCAUGCCUACUUCGUCGUGUCAGGAAGGACAAGUCCAUUGAGCACAGUACAGUGGCAGAACGUGAGGAUGCUAAGUGCAUCAUAAUUAAGGACUUACAGAGUCAGAUAUAUGCAGAAGAAAUGGCCUUACUCUGUAAGGGCAAACAGCUCCCAUGCAGCAGCAGGCUAUAUAAUCUAGAUGCCUUUGUUGAUCACAACGGAUUGCUCAGGGUGGGAGGAAGGCUUUGUGAUGCUUCUGCCCCUAACUCUGUUAAACAUCCAGUGUUAUUUCCAAAGGAACAUCAUCUUACAAAACUUCUGAUCGCGGAUUGUCAUGAAAAAAUGGCACAUCAAGGAAAGGGAUUGACUAUCAAUGAGAUCAGAUCAAGAGGAUUUUGGAUUACAGGAGUAAACAGGACUGUAGCAUCCUUUAUACUACAGUGUGUGAGAUGUCGCAAGCUUCGCAGACCCACUGAAGAGCAAAAAAUGGCUAACCUGCCCUCAGAGCGCAUAGAUCCAUCCCCUCCAUUCACAUACAGUGGAAUGGAUGUUUUUGGUCCGUUCAUCACCAGACAAGGUCAUAAAUCGUACAAGAGGUAUGGACUUCUCUUUACUUGUUUCUGUUGCAGAGCCAUCCAUAUUGAGAUGCUGGAUGAUAUGUCCACAGACGCCUUUAUCAAUGGUCUACGUUGUUUCAUCGCUAUUAGAGGAGCAGUAAAUCAAAUAAGGUGUGACCAAGGCACUACUUUCAUUGGAGCCAAGAAUGAGCUCACCAAGGCCAUGGAAGAGAUUGACACCAACCGUCUGGUAACAUUCUUAGCAGAAAAACAGUGUGACUUUGUCUUCAAUGCACCCCAUGCAAGUCGGAGCGCGGAGUUUGGGAGAGACAGAUUAGAACUGUGAGAAGUGUUCUUCAUUCCACUCUGUCCCAGUCAUCUGGAAGACUAGAUGAUUCUUCUCUGCGAACCUUUUUCUAUGAAGCCAUGGCCAUUGUAAAUAGCCAUCCACUCACUGUAGAUAACUUAAGUGAUCCCUGCAGUCCUGAGUCUCUAACCCCUAAUCACCUCCUCACCCUGAAAACUACCCAAGCCUUACUACCCCCUGGCAGGUUUGUCAGAGAAGACCUAUAUGCUCGCAAGAGAUGGCGCCAUGUCCAAUACUUAGCGGAACAGUUUUGGGGACGUUGGCGCAAGGAGUAUGUGUCUAACAUUGCAACAAGACAAUGCUGGCUUUCACCAAGAAGGAACAUGCAAGCUGGAGAUAUAGUCUUGGAGAAAGCCGACGAUCUGCCCAGGAAUGCAUGGCGCUUGGCAGAAGUUAUUUGAGACUGUCGUUGACAAAGAUGGUUUGGUGAGAAGAGUAAAGAUACAUUUUGGAGACAGAAAUCUGGGAAAGGAUGGUAAACGUCUGAACAAACCAUCAUUAGUUGAACGCCCAGUGCAGAAGCUGGUCCUGCUGCUGGAGGCACACUGAACUUCCUGACAUAUCCUUUGAUUUAAGCAGUUUAAAGUAGAACAAGUUUCAGUUUGCUUUACAUCUAGCCUUAAACAUUGGUAUUUUACUUUAGAAAUCAUUCGUGACUAAAGUUUUAAAUUUAUAGUCACUCAUGAUUGGUGGGAGUGUAAAUAACCCUCAGUUAUUUUAAUGAGUUUCCAGGAUUUAUAUAUUAUUCUUAUAUUAUUUAAUUAUAUGCUUUCUUAAUAUUAGUUAACUGUUUGUUAUAUUUUGUAAUGUUAUUUUACACUCUAUAAGUUAUUUAACCGAUAGAGACCUUUAUUUUGAAAGGCGGCUUGACGGAAGUGCUCAGAGCCCGCUCAUGCACGGAGAGCGCGCAAUACGGAGAGAGAGAGAGCGCGCAAAGACGGAGACUGCACACGGCGUUAGAAAUUAAGGACACUUUUAAGUGAAUUUAUGCAUCAGAUUGUUGUUUUAUUUUCAGUAUUUUGUUUGCUGUGAGUUUGUUGCUUGGCACCUGGUUGGAAAGGAGAACAAGCUCUUACGGUGUUGUGAAGUCUAUAAGGACAAUAAACACAAAAAGAAAGACAGUACAACAUCAGUGAAUGAGUUAAAUCCUUUAUUCUUCAACCGGGCUGUCACAGUG